AUGGAGCGCAACAAUUCGAAGGUUGGUGGAGAUGGUGCUCACAUCGGCGACUCCAAGGAGGUUGAGAGGGCACCCAACGAAGAGGGUAUCAACGAGGAAGGCGCCACCCGCGAUGAAACGUCCAGUUCUACGAACGAUGCAAACAUCAACAUUGAACCGCCCAACGAAACAGGUGACAGCCCCGCCAUCCGUGCGGAAAGAUACGACGGACAGAGGCAGAGAUUCCCAGAACAACCGAAGGAAGAUCUCCUUGAAGGAGAACAAGACGAAAGUGAAGCAGAAGGCCUGAACUACUACGAUGAUUCCGUACGUGCUGAUCUGAAUGCACGUUUCUGGGCGGCAACAGCCGAACAGCUGACUCAAGAUUUUCAUUGCCAGCAGCCGUCGAUGCUUUCCGAUUCGCAGGAACAGCCUCCGUCGCAGAACAACAAUGGAGGAACUCAGCUGCUGGAUCCCAAAAAAGUUGUGGAGCUAGAAGUGUCCAUGGACGAAAAGAAUGCUGCAGAGAAGACCGAAAAGAAAGCAGCAGCGAAGAACGUUCCAAAAGGAAGCGCUACCUCUACAAGGCAAGCCAGAGACUAUGGCUCUCCUCCCCCCCUUUCGAUGCUUCCAGACGAUGACCACGAAUGGAAGCUCGUGGAACAGCUAGUGGAUUAUGAUCAGGUGGUUGAUCUAGAUGAAAGCGAACCUGGGCACAUCGAAGAAGUCAUUGCUUUCCUCCUUGCCAAGGACCCCGAUCGCAUCACCGACAACGAGAACCACGUGUUGAAUUUUUACCUUGGGUCAAAGCGUCCCGGUGCUGUCAUUCCUAUGGCCUGGGCGGCUGUGCCCAUCGACAGAAACAGCCCAACAAAGUCCCCUGCCAAGAAGAGACGCGACACGAAGCCAACACCUGAGUUCUGCAGGUCUGCCGGUGGACAUGGAAACAAGAAACCCAUCCGAAAGAAGACACCUCCAGAUGUGGAGGUCGAGUUCGUUGACAGCGAUUCCUCCACCAGUCUCGAGGACGAAAGGAAGCCUGCAGCUUUGCCCAACAAAGUUCGCUUCAGCAAUGGAUCAUCAGCGGCUGAUGCCAUUGCCGUUGAUUCGUCCUCUAGUGACUCUUCAGAUGACGACAAGAAGCCGGCUGCUGUCAAGAAGAAGAAUCAUCAAGUUGCAGGAGCUAGGAAGAGUACCCCAUUCCAGCCUCAGAUGAAGCCUCCCCCCGCAGCGUCGUUUCCCUUUCCUGACCGUGACUCUGAUACUGAGUCGCAAUCUGACAGCAGCACCGAAUCGUCCGACGAAGAAUCAUACCAGAAGCCGAGCACAAAGAGAGUCCAGCGCAAGAGGAGGACAACAAAGAGGGGCAAGAAAGCUACUGGGAAGUGCACCAAGAAAGACAUGAAGAAGAACAAGAAGAAGAAGGACGACACGCCAGCAAAGUGGAAAAACCGGAAGGCUCGAGCAAAGGAACGACACGAAGAAAGGAAGGAAGAGAGGAAAAAGAAGAAGGCUGAACAGCCUGACGACGUGGAGGAUCCCAUCACUCCGCCCCAUUCUAGUGUAAAGCCCAAGUACUGGAGGAGCUCUGCGCAGUGGGAGCACGACGCUAGACUAAGCAACUGGAAGUCAGCUGCCAGUACAUACUCCAGAAUGAGUGGUUUCCCCGGCGCAAAGGCCAUUCAAACCGUCCUCGAGACUACAAGUGACCAGAAUGGAAAGUCCCAGCUACGUGGCUAUAGAGUUCCGUCCCCAACUCUUGCACCAGCUGACAAAGCGUCGAGGGAUGCGAUUGUGAAGGCAGCGACUACAGUUAUCCUAAAGCUUGCCAAGGCCUCCAUCAUUCGCAUGUUUCGCGAUGACCCUUCUCUCAUUUAUUAUUUCGUGGACGUCAGUUCUGCUGCUACCAGAAACACCGAUCGACCACCCUCCCCAGUCCACAAUGCCAUUGCGGCGACGAUGGGUGCCAUCAUGGACAUGUUCGACCCAGCUGAGGAAAACAAGGAAGGAGGAAAGGAAAACAAAGGAGGCAAAGGUGGAAAGAAGAAGUGA